CUCUCUGACGAUCCUGCUACCUCUCCUCCCCUUCCCGGAGGCAUGAUUCUGGUUUCCAAAUACCUCCCAUGGCGGAUUCAUAUUUCCCCCAGUUCGGUCAGCGAUGUGGUUGUAGCGCUAUAUACCGCGCUACGCACAAGGGUGACGGAGGAGGAGCUGAAGGCUGUAGGAGGGAUGGGCGUAAUGAGGGCGUUUGCGAACCGGGUAGAAGGGAUGGGGGAUGAGGAGAGAAGGAAGGGUGUUAGGAGAGUUGACUUCUUGUUGGGGUAUACUAGGUUCGUCGGGAUCGAGGCUACGGAUGAGCCAGGGGCA